GCGCAGAACAGUUCAUAGUUCCAUACUUAAUAAUUGUAAGAAAACACGAAGGCUAACAAAAUGUACAAACUUUCACUGAUCUUUGUUUGCCUGGCAUUGUGCUCUUUUCACACUUACGGUUACCGACAUGGUCCUAUGGACAGUCCAUCUUACAACAAGACAAACAUUAUUGAAGAUAAUGUUGAAAAUAAUACAAGUACAGACGAAACUACGUAUUUAAAUACGGAUUCUAGUACGGAUCAAACUACGGACUUAAAUACCGAUGCUACUACUGAUUUAAGUACGGAUCAAAGUUAUUCAGACUUCACCGAAAGUGGUGAUUCGUCCACAACGCCGAAGACUAUUGCAAAACAGAAUCAUCAUCAUGCAGGAGGUUGGAAAACUUUCCUCAUUUGGUUCAUUGCCAUAGCACUUUCUCUUGCUUUGUUAGGAGCUGCCAUAUACUUUCUCGUGCUUCGCAGAGGAUCCUAUUCUGUCAAGAACCAGUGUGAACCUACUACUGAAGCGUGUUUUGAUAAUCGAACACAAACAUGCAGAACUUAAACAAAUAAUUAAAUAUUUGCUCUCAAAAACGAACUUUUUAUUGUAAUUAAAAAAAUCUCUAAAGCAAA